AUGAGAAAUUACAAACUACAAGUGAUUUAUUUGAUAAUGUUAAUUGUAUCACUGGUUUCGCCAUAUGAUCAAAUCGGUCAAUCAGUCCAGGAAAAUGUGUAUCAAUAUGACGAUAUCGAUGACGAUAUUUUGCUGAGCCCAAAACGAAGUUGGAAUACAUUUUGUCCGUUGAGGGCAGUUAAAGGAUUCCUCUGCUGUUCUAGACUGAACUCAUGCAUCUGCAGAACCAAACUGUUGUGUAAUUCGAAACGAUUGGAUCAGAUGGCCCUUGCUAGGUUGAGACAUAAACUCCUAACUCUGAAACGAGCAGGACAGUUGGAUAUUAAGAAGUGGAUCAUUCGAAUGACUGCUCAUCCCAAAAGGAGGACAACAUCACUAAAGUAAUGGCCGUUCCAAUGGUGGACGCUUGGGAUAACAUGUUAUUGUUAAACUAAAUGUUAGAAUAGAUAAUAAUUUACAAACAUGUGCAUUUGUUUAAAAACUAUUCCGUUCCGAUGUUGAUUCUUGUUUGAUUAAUAUUACUUUAACAAUGUAACAUAUGACUUUAUGUCACAUAUGACUUUAUGUAACAUACUUAGGGUUUUGAGGUUUUCUAGAUUGUUGUCUUUUUCGG